GGCGCGGCGCAUGGCGCGGGCGGCCGUUCGGGCGCUGGGGCGGCUCCACGCCGGGCUGCUGCGGGCGCUGCUGUGGCCCUCGGGGCCUCCUUCUGCGCGCCCCGCCGCCUCUGAGGUCCUGACCCUCCACCUGCUGCAGCGCCGACUGCCGCCCUGGACCUCCUUCUGCGUCAAGUACAGCGCGGUGCGCAACGACCAGUUCGGCCUGUCCAGCUUCAAUUGGGCGGUGCGCGGCGCCAACUACCACGUGCUGCGCACCGGCUGCUUCCCCUUCGUCAAGUACCACUGCUCCCGCGGGCCCCGCCGGGACCUGGACUCCCAGGACGCCCUGCUGGCCGCCCUCAAGCUGCUCAACCUGGGAAUCCCAACGUUAUUAUACGGAAUCAGUUCUUGGUGUUUUGCCAGCGUCACUGAGACUGUUCAGACGUGUUGUGGCCCGGUCACUAUUUACUUCCUGAAUAAAGAAGAUGAAGGCGCCAUGUACUAAAACGGUCUCAAAAACUUAUAGUGCUAAAUUAGAGAAAAGAAUAUUUUCUUAAAAUGUUUGCCGUGUCGACAUUCUUAUGCAAACAGUAUAUGUAUUUUUUCAAGGCAUGUCCCUAUUGUUGAAACAUUGCUUUUCUUUGACUCUGUAAAACAUCAAAUACAUGUUGAAUUAUGCACAUCCGCAAACCAAACAAAACUCUGGGAAAUUAUCUGAAUUAACUUCUUUCAUCCAAAGCUGACUUUUGCCUCUUAAUUAAAAUGCUGGUUUUUUUGCGAUCUUA